ACGUAAAUAUUGUGUUGACGUGGCGUGAGCGGUAGCAGUUCAAUAGCGGUUAGCAGGUACGUAACAAACAGACUACAGGGAGAGACCAAGGAGAAUCCAGUGGAAGUAUGGACCGUAGAAAGAACAAUUGAGGGAUCGGGAUUCACUUUAUCAGUGAAGAAAAAUGUCCAGCAGAAGCCAGCACUAUGGAUUCCAGUCAGCCACCAUGGUGCAGCCUGCCAAUGGCGGUCAUGCCUAUCUGUUCGGAAACAACAGCUCAGAAAAUGAUAUGUCAGAAGAGGAUGGUGAAAGCUAUGAGCUGCGGCCUCGUGGCAGAGAGAGACUCAGGAGGAGCACCUCUAAAGAGAGAAUGGAUGACAUUAUCUAUUUGACCAGAGAUAUCCAGGAGGGAGACACUCUGAACAGCAUUGCCCUUCAGUACCAUUGCUCAGUGGCGGACAUCAAGCGUGCCAACAACCUUUUGACAGAGCAGGACUUUUUUGCCCUGCGUUUAGUUAAGAUUCCUGUGAGGCGCUUUAGUGUCCUCACUGAGACUCAUAACGCUGCUACUCUCAAAUCUGCCUCGCCCACAGGCACUAGACACCCGCCACAGGUCUCGCACAUUACUUCUCUCCCUUCUGAAUCCUCCAUGGACUCCUGUUCUUCCACUGACAGCGUGGAAGGUUUCCUGAUGGAGAAGGACAAGGACAUUGAGCGGCUGGUGAAAUCCACAGGACCAUCUCGGAGCGGCCUCAGUGAGGUUGUGUCCUCUUUAACGCAGCAACAGCAGCAGCCAUUACUAGGAGAAGCUGGAUAUAAACCAGUACAGAGGAAGGAUCCUUAUUAUGGGGCAGACUGGGGCAUGGGAUGGUGGACUGCUGUGGCAAUCAUGCUUUUUGUCGGCAUUGUCACACCCAUCUUUUAUCUGUUGUAUUAUGAAGUUCUUGUGAAAGCUGACGUCAGCCAUCAUGGUAUGCCUACACAAACUCACAACGGCUUGUCUUAUGGGUAUCAACAAGACAACGGUUUGCUCAGGAGUAAAGACAUUCAUGGAGAUGCUCAAGCUAAGCAUGCAGUUAAUGAAGCUCAGCAGGGAGGGGUUGCGGACAAAGCAGGAGACGGUGGAGAUGGAGAAAAUGAGAAAACAUAGCAAGGAAUUUCCACCUAAAAUGUGUCGCUAACUCUGAGAACUAAUAGAAUUAUGCUGAUGUUCCCAUUUACAGAUAACGUUUAAAACAUCACUUAAAUCUAUCUGGCUUAAUUAUACAGGAGACAAUAACUUUGAAGGAUUGAGAGACUAAGGUGUGACCACAAUCAUAACUUGUGUCUCUCCAUUUGCAUACAGUUGACAGACUGAAUGUGGGUCCAACUCUUCGCAAGAUUUAUGUCUGGUUUGAUAGACCAACGCUGUGCUGCUUCAACCUUUUUAAAAGUGACUGCAUUUCAUAGUUGGUCUGAGUGUCUCCUGUAAACUCGAGAUGGUGUCUUUGCAGUCAACUGUGCUGGAGAAUUUUUAGCCGGUUACACACAAAUGCUGCCCAGGGAGUUACAGACAGCAGCACUGCAGAAUAAACUAUUCGAUUAAAAUGGUUCAGUGGGCUCGCUUAUAACUGUGGAUUUGUUUAAAA